CCAGCCACAUGUUAAUGCUCAUCCAGCCCAGCCCAGCCCGCACUCCAAUCGCUCCCAAGACGACUGCCAUUUAUCACCUCUCACUCACAAUGAAAUCGCAUAUGGCCUAAUAUUACAAAUAAACACACAAACUCGUGAUAUAUCUCGUCGAUGGAGCACACCGCGCCCAUCUCCCCCAUCCGCCCAGGUUCGGCCUGGACCAGCAACUCGCUCUUCGCAGAUUCAGCCAUCAGCCUGCGAACAAACACACCUGGCCCCGUCGAAAAGUCACCAGAGUCUCCCAAUCUAUCUGACACACCACCUCCUUCCGAAAUCGCAACUCGUCUCAACGGUUUGGUGUCAGAGAUCUGGGCUAGUGAACAAGAUGGUACAAUCCGCAGUGGGAAGAGGAGGAAACUGGAGAAAGCGAUUCGCGACAUCGAAGUCGCUCUAGAAGAGGAUUUGUCGGAAGAAGGCGAUUCAGAAGAAUCCACCCCGCAACGUGCGACACCGCCUGCGACCGUCUCACAGCAAGAUCUCGAAGCUGUCCGAGUAAGCUUGGCAAAUACCGUUGAAUCGAUGCGCAUGCGACAGCAAGAGCAGAAACAUCUUCAUCGAUUGACCGUUGAGAAGUUGGAGGCGGUCGCCCAGCGAUGUCUGCAACAAGAGAAUAGACUGCGCACCUUUGCGGAAGAUAUGGUGAUGUUGAAGCAAGAGAAUCUGCUUCUGAGGCAGGAAAAUGACCGGAUUUACGCAGAUCUGAGUCGAGCUCAUACAGAAUCUGCAAAGAAAGAGGUCGCGGUCGAUGCUAUGUCGAGCGCCGUUGCAGGUCUCGAAGGAUGGAUCAAUGGCUCUCCGACGCCAGCUCGCACUAUGCGGAGAGUUGUAACGAGGGGUCGUGGAAGGUUUCGCGGCCGGUAUUACGUGGAAGAACCGAUUGGCGUGUCGCCGAAGAAUGGUCUAGAUGGUACAUCGGAUGCGAAGGCUCUACAUGAGGGCGUCACUGCGUGGCUUCGCGGCUUUCGAGAUGUCGAGGAGGAGCUGAGAGUGUCCAAGGGUUCACAAACCCCUCUAUCGAACGCAAAGAAUAACGCUCUAGAGUACACCGAUGAGGAUGAAUGGGGUGAUUUCGAGAACGCUCCUGCGACAUGAUUAAUGGUUGUAUUUCCAAUCCAGGCGGAUAUCAUACAGCUUUGGAUAACACAAAUGACUCUUCCUAUCCUUCGACCACCAAACAACCCAAUGGUAAUGGCGCUGGUCUUAUCUAGCCAUAAUUGACCUGAAUUGGCAUCGUAUAGCCCAACAUGUUACGGAAGGGCGAUGCCUACAAGAAAGUUCGAUGACGCUCCUCGAGGACCAGGCAAGGAUCCUGAUUGUUUCAACGCUGGAAGUCAAUCACAGCGACCUAGAUAUGUCAGUACAAAGCCCCGACGAAAAGGAGAGAGCAGCGCUCACCUGAACUCCAAGACCAAAGGCCAGCUUCUUGCUGUCAGCAUCCCAACUCAAAGAAUGAUCGGCGCUAGCCUGAAGUCCGUCUCCAUUUAUACUCGAAGCGCCACCAAUACUCAUCAUGUCGUCGUCUCUGAGUCGCGCCCCAUUCCAGGACUCUUCUUCUCCCUUCCACGUCGCCAUGUGAUGAUAAUUAUGUUCGGCGUUCCAGAUGCGGAUGGUGUCGUAACUCGCCCCUGUCAUACAGAAGCCGUCGGGAGAAUAGGAAAGCGUCAUGAUCGGCGAAGCAUUUCCAAUUAUGAGCUUGCGAAUCGAGACAAUAGCGUUGCUUUCCGGGUCCAAUACCCACACUUUGACAGUACCAUCCAUUGAUGAAGUAGCGAAUUCUUGCUUCAUCGACGGACCUGUGCCAGGUUGCCGCGGACGGAGCUCAAGACCUGUGAUGGCUGCCUCGUGGGCUCCCUUCUUGAACACAUUCUGGACCGGCAUCCACAGAGACCCUGUAUCAGCCGAAGCAGUGACCAGAGUAGCACUGGAUGGUUCAUGCCAGGCACAUCUGACAAAAGUCCAUUGAUCGCCUUCAGUUGCGUCGGACAUCCAUUUCUGCUGUAACACCAGGUCCGAGAAUGCCUGACAGUGAUAUACUGCGCGCUGGCCAGUUGCGCAUACAAUGCCAUUGCCGUCGAACAAUGCACAGUCCAUGUCCACAAGAACCUCUGGAACUGACACAGACAAUGGCCCGGUAAAAUUGGGAGACCGUGAUAAAUCCCAAAGAAGAAUGGAUGAACCACUAUGCUGUGGAGAACCUGAUGACUCCGAGUCGUAUGGUGCGAUGCCUAGCAAGCGCAAGCCCUGGCUUUGCCAUCUCAGAGACGUGAUUGCCCGUUGCGAAGCUGGUAACGACUCCAUAAGGGCAAGUUCUUGUCCGUCAAACAAGUGUAUCUGGCCAGAUUGAUUGCUAUAUGUUGCAAUGGCAAGCAUCUCUCCACUCGGCUCCCAGGCAACAGCGCUGACCAAAGUUGACGUGGACGACUCGAGAAGCUCCUGAAACGGAGGCUGCUGCUUAGAGUCGGAGGCAAGGUUCCAUGUUCCACAAAAGUUGUCGCCAAUGGCUGUCACAAUAUUAUUGUCCGUUGGACGCCAUGAUACCCGCGUCAGAGAUUUGGCUUCUGGGCUUGGAACAAUAUCUUGAAUUUGUAGAUAUGUUGUUGAAGGCGCUAGAUUUGCCACCUUGGCAGGCGCAACCUGAAUACCUACGCUUGCUCCGUUGCUCAGGGUAUGAAUCAGCGGCGGUACAGCCUCGGACUUGAUAUCGUGGUUCGGCUGGUCAGCAGUCAAUGACUCCUCGUCAACGUCCAUGCGAUCACCAUUAGCCAUGGGACCAUGCUCGUCGACUCCUCCUUCGGUGGCUGAUGGGGAUCUUGCAUCUGUCACCGAGGGAGGGUGGCCAUUCGUCAUGUCGACAUCAAGUCCAACUUGGUGCGCUGCGCCGGAAGACUUACGCGCAACGCCUCCAUUACGAUCUGAGCCGGCUGCCGUCUUCCGGCUUCGCUUAGAUGCUGGAUGUGCAAGAGUUUCAGGAAGGCCGUUGGGAACGCUUUCGCGGCAUAACUUCGGAGCGGUAGUACUCGAUGGCGCGGGCGAUGCCGCUGGUAUAGACUCUUCGCGUAACUCUGGCGGUGGUUCGUUACUUUCUGGACCAAAGAAAAACAUUGACGGGUUGAGCUGUUUCGACGGUCGACCAUUCUUAAACAGGAUUAGCGCCAGUUUGGGGAUCGUGCAAACAUGAGUGGAAUACCUCAUCAAUUGUUAGUGACAGGUGAUGGUACCGAAGUCCCUUCUGGACGAGAUGAACGAGUGCAUGGCCUUUGAUAGACUUCGCGAAUGGUAGACUCUCUGCG